AUGGCUCUCUCCGCGCUACCGACGGAGAUUCUGAGCAGGAUAUGUCGCUUCAUCAUCUUGAAAGAUCCUCCCUCUAAAUCAAAGCUCCCUCAAGAUGUCAAGUCGCUCCGACUGUCUUGCAAGAAGGUUUACGAGAAGACCCUAUUCGACUCUGCAAUUUGCUACGGAGGACUUCUAGAUCACCUUAUGGUGGCACCCACCUACAAAUCCCUUGGUCGUCUGCUUUCGAUCAGCAGCGCUCCCUAUUUCCGAGACCGGCUUCGAGAAAUCACGUUCUAUAUGCCCUUUUUAGGGUAUACGAGGAGUUAUCAUGCGGGAUAUGCGCGCAUCUUUGAUCGCGAGGAGCUGGUCAACUUCGCAAACUCUCCCGACGCUAUCUACAUCCUAACUGAAAGCUUCAAAAACUUGGCGAAUUCGACUUCAUUGGUGAAGGUUCAUCUAUCCGAGGAGCUCACUUACCCCGCUGUCUUCAACGCACUCAACCUCGCGGCAUUUCCUCGCCAGAUUAUCCAUGUAGCAGUCAUUCCUGCGAGCUUUCAACAAUCCGCGCACAACCGAUUCUUGAACCCUUUAUCCGAGUCGCUGCAUCUCAUUUCGCAUAUCGAGAUCGAGGCUACUCCACAUCCAGAUCCAGGAGAAGAGCCGUCGAGUUGGAGGAAAUCCGACGCGGCGCACAACGAGACUGGCCGACACUACUCUCACUACAAAUCCGUCACUCCUUUGCUAUCAGACAUGGCCAAGAACCUCUCAAGCGUCCAACAGAUCACAUUAUACGGAUGCGAUACUGUACCACGACUUCGACUAUGCCAUGGAUGUGAAGAUAUAUGGCUCAACCUCUUCGCGAAGAACACGUAUGCACAUCUGAACCACUUCAAGCUAUUCGAAAGCUACGUGAGCGGCAGCCGUUUGCGUGGCUUCAUCAAGCGGCACGCUGGGACACUACAACGCAUCGAGUUCAAGUUCGUGUCUUUGACAGACGGUGGAAACACGGUAGCCGUAGCCAGGAAAAAUUGGGCUACGUGGCUUGCUACCGCUUUAAGAGGAACCUCAGAGUAG